AUGAAAAAAGUUGUUUUUUCCCUCAUUCGUCUUUCUGUGCUCUUACUCAGUUUCUCCAUCAUUUGCCUGGGAAUCCUUUGCAUCUACACACGUUCUUCUGCAUGCAGAUGCGGGAAUAGCAUGUUGGUUGCUUACUGCCUGUUAGCUCUGGGACUCCUGCUCCUUGUGACUGGCGUUUUCUGGAGCAUGGUCCACGAAGCCAUGAAAUAUGGGGGCCUCAGCAACAUCUUCACGAGAAACCCUGGCCUUACAGAGCUCCGUGUCAGCACCAUAGACAGGCCUGAUUUCUACCCGCCAUCCUAUGAAGACAGCACUGAUCCUGAGAAGCAGACGUUCCCACUACCCGUGGCCUCUGCACCAAAAGAGCAAGAAGUCAUCAACAUUCCACCACCGCUGUACAGCGAGAGCAGCACAGAGUCUGUCAGUGAGACUAACGAGCCAGAGCAGCCCCCACCAUAUGAACUAUCUUGCCAGGUCUUGAGCCCCGUGAGGGAGUCAGAUGCUUGUGCACCCUCACAGGACAGUGUUUGCUGA